CAAACUGGCAAAUUGUGAUAAAGGCAGAACGUCAAUGGAGGGAGGGGACAUUGGCCGGAUGUCUCACUGCAAUCGUCCAAAGCCACAAAUGAGGGGAUGAGACGAAAUGGAGCAAACGCCGAGGACGAUAAUCUCACCAUCAAAAAAAAAGAAAGAAGAGAAAGAGAAAGUAACAUUAAGGAAACUAAAAGAAAAACCCUGCGGGAGAAACUGGAAACUGCUCACAUGGGGCAGCUAAUCAGCGACGAUUGGAUCCAGCCGUGGAUUUUAUUUAACCCCCCCCCUUUUCCUCCCCCUUCCUCCCCCACAACCCCUCCGCAGAAACCAUCCGGAAAGUGAAAGACAAGAACACAAUGUUUGAAGGAGCAGCUCGCCAGACACCGGCGUGAGAACCCCCCUAGAGCUGCAAAUAAAGCCCCCGCAUUGAAAGCCCAGGUAUGACUAACAACAGAACCUACAAAUGCAUUCCAUCGAUCUGCUCCGGGACCAGUGUCGUGGCUCACCAGGAGCCAUAAAUGGAAUGGAACCAUCAUUAAUGUUAUUAUUCACCCCUGUGCCGGACGCCGGCGGGACAGGCAGCAGACGAGCCUCCACCAUGAACGACAUCUACAAGGCAGCGGUUGAGCAGCUGACGGACGAACAGAAAAAUGAGUUCAAGGCCGCCUUCGACAUCUUCGUGCAAGACGCGGAGGACGGCUGCAUCAGCACCAAGGAGCUGGGGAAGGUGAUGAGGAUGCUCGGGCAGAACCCCACCCCGGAGGAGCUGCAGGAGAUGAUUGACGAGGUGGACGAGGACGGAAGCGGCACGGUAGACUUCGACGAGUUCCUGGUCAUGAUGGUGAGGUGCAUGAAGGACGACAGCAAAGGGAAGUCUGAGGAGGAACUGGCGGAGCUGUUUCGCAUGUUCGACAAGAACACAGACGGCUACAUCGACCUGGACGAGCUGAAGAUGAUGCUGGAGUCCACGGGGGAGCCCAUUACCGAGGACGACAUCGAGGAGCUGAUGAAAGACGGGGACAAAAACAACGACGGCAAAAUUGACUACGAUGAGUUCUUGGAGUUUAUGAAAGGAGUGGAGUAACCCCGAACAAGAGACGAGGCCACGGCGUUAUUUAUGUAUUUCUACGCGGAAAGCUGGAAGCUGAUUUGGAAUGCCGCUGAUAGAAACGAGGGGACGACUUUGCAAAAUUCAGCCGAAUACUGUGGCUGAAUGUUCAUGUGUUUUUCUACCAUCUCUUGCAUCGUUGUAAAUACAGUGUGUAACUACUUUUCGGUGCCCGUGUAUACAGAAUUUGUGUGAAUGUAUCCGAAUUACUUGUGUUUCCUUUGGAGGCCCCAUAGUAUUCGUUUCCAACUAAAUCUCUAAAGUGCCACAGCCGGUUUACAAAUGAGAGGCCGCUGUUGUUCAGCUGCACAGAAAAGCAAACAAAGCAGAACACAUGACGUGGUUCAACACCAGGCUACAUAAGAGCAGCGUAUGGAUCCAGUCAGUACACGGCACGUGUUCUGGUCUGCACGUUGUGUACAUUUUGGUAUUUUUAAGAGACCCUCGGGGCUCUUCAGUCCCCUCUUGGGCCCCUGGAAUGCAUAUCUAUCAUACUGCAACACUAAAUGUCAGUUUGAAAUGUGCACCCAUGUAAUAAACACGAUGCAUUUGUCACAGCA